AUGAGCGACACGACACGACUGAAGAGCACCGUCUACGUGGGUGGCCUUGACCAAGGCGUGACCGCGCACACCCUCGCAGAAGCCUUCGUUCCAUUCGGUGAAGUGGUCGAUAUCUCACUGCCUAAGCCCGACCAGCCCAACUCCAAAGAGGCGCAUCGAGGAUUCGGAUAUGUGGAAUUUGAUCUUCCACAAGACGCAAAGGAAGCAAUCGACAACAUGGAUGGCAGUGAAAUCUACGGACGCACGAUCAAGGUAGCCGCCGCAAAGCCACAGAAGGACUCCAACGAGGGACUAGGCAGCAAGACUGCGAUUUGGGAGCAGGAGGGCUAUCUGGCCAAGCAUGCUGUCAGCGAGGAGGAUCGCCAAGCUACAGAGGAGGCUCAGGAUGCCAACCCCAAACUCUUAGGCUCCGUACAAGGGUUGAAGCAGCUAGAUGUUGCUGGACCUCAGCCCCAGCCCGAGUGA